GCGGGCUUUUGCACCAUGUGACCGUCUUUCCCGCGGAAUUCAGCCUGGCCCUGGGAGUGCACUUGGAGGAGCCAAGCAAACACAGAGGAAAGCUCUGCGGAUUUGUGAACCUUUAUCGAAAUAAUGGCGGAUUCUUCCGAGUCGAACGUGGUUACCAGCCCCCAGGCUAGCUCUCGGCGAGGAGAUGCCCUCACUUCCAGUCCCGGGAGAGACCUGCCUCCCUUUGCAGAUGAAUCGGAAGGACUCCUGGGGACCAAGGGGCUCCCUGACGAAGACGAAGAAGAUGGAGAAGACCUCAUUGGAGACGGGAUGGAAAGGGAUUACCGGCCUAUUCCAGAGCUGGAUGUCUAUUCACCGGAAGGGCUGGCUCAGGAUGAUGAAGACGUGGAGGAACUGACCGCCAGUCAAAGGGAGGCAGCAGAGCGGGCCAUGAGGCAGAGGGACCGCGAACUGGGCCAUGGCUUGGGCCGCAUGAGGACUGGUCUGCUAUAUGAGAGUGACGAUGAAGAUGAGGACCGUCCUUCGCGGAAGAGGCGUCUAGUUGAACGGGCUGCAGAUGGCAUGGAAGACGAAGAUGAAGACAUGAUUGAGAGCAUUGAGAACCUGGAAGAUAUGAAGGGACACUCUGUGAGGGAGUGGGUGUCCAUGGCAGCUCCUCGGCUGGAGAUCUACCACCGCUUCAAGAACUUCCUGAAGACUCAUGUGGACGAGCAUGGACACAAUGUCUUCAAAGAGAGGAUCAGUGACAUGUGCAAAGAGAACAGAGAGAGCCUGGUGGUGAAUUACGAAGACCUGGCUGCCCGGGAGCAUGUCCUUGCCUAUUUCCUUCCAGAAGCCCCAGCUGAAAUGUUGAAGAUCUUUGAUGAAGCAGCCAAGGAAGUAGUGCUGGCUAUGUACCCCAAAUAUGACCGGAUUGCUAAGGAAAUCCACGUCCGCAUCUCACAUCUGCCUCUGGUGGAGGAGCUACGCUCACUCAGGCAGCUUCACUUGAACCAGCUGAUCCGGACAAGUGGGGUUGUGACAAGCUGCACUGGAGUCCUCCCCCAACUCAGCAUGGUCAAAUACAAUUGUACCAAGUGUAGCUUCAUCCUGGGGCCUUUCUCACAGUCCCAAAACCAGGAGGUAAAACCAGGCUCCUGUCCUGAGUGUCAAUCUGCAGGCCCUUUUGAAAUCAACAUGGAGGAGACGGUGUACCAGAACUACCAGCGCAUCAAAAUCCAGGAGAGCCCUGGGAAGGUGGCUGCUGGCCGGCUCCCUCGCUCAAAGGAUGCCAUUCUACUCGCCGACCUGGUUGACAGCUGCAAGCCAGGAGAUGAGAUUGAGCUAACUGGAAUAUACCAUAAUAAUUAUGACGGUUCUUUGAACACAGCCAAUGGGUUUCCAGUGUUUGCCACAGUCAUCCUGGCCAAUCACAUUGCCAAAAAGGAUAACAAGGUCGCUGUUGGGGAACUCACCGAUGAAGAUAUGAAGGUCCUUGUAGGCUUGUCCAAGGAUGAACAGAUUGGAGAGAAAAUCUUUGCCAGUAUUGCUCCUUCAAUCUAUGGACAUGAAGAUAUUAAGAGAGGCUUGGCAUUAGCCUUGUUUGGAGGAGAACCCAAAAAUCCAGGAGGAAAGCACAAGGUCCGUGGGGACAUCAACGUCUUGCUUUGUGGAGAUCCUGGAACAGCCAAGUCUCAGUUCCUCAAGUACGUGGAGAAAGUAUCCAGCAGAGCCAUCUUCACCACUGGCCAGGGAGCUUCUGCUGUCGGUCUGACCGCCUAUGUGCAAAGGCACCCGGUCAGCAAAGAAUGGACCCUGGAGGCAGGUGCCCUGGUGCUGGCGGACAGGGGAGUCUGCCUGAUAGAUGAAUUUGACAAGAUGACCGAUCAGGACAGGACCAGCAUCCAUGAAGCCAUGGAGCAGCAGAGCAUCUCUAUCUCAAAGGCGGGCAUUGUCACAUCUCUGCAAGCACGAUGCACUGUUAUUGCUGCAGCUAACCCCAUAGGUGGGCGUUAUGACCCCUCCUUGACUUUCUCAGAAAAUGUUGAUCUCACGGAACCCAUCAUAUCUCGAUUCGAUAUCCUUUGUGUGGUCAGAGACACUGUGGAUCCUGUUCAGGAUGAGAUGCUGGCUCGGUUUGUGGUCGGCAGCCACAUCAAGCAUCACCCCAACAACAAAGACCUUGUGAAUGGGGAUUCCCAAGAGAUUGUCCUCCCAAAUACCUAUGGCGUAGAACCCAUCCCCCAGGAGAUCCUGAAAAAGUACAUUAUCUAUGCAAAGGAAAAAGUCCACCCAAAACUCAACCAGAUGGAUCAGGACAAAGUGGCCAGGAUGUACAGUGAACUGAGGAAAGAAUCCAUGGCAACUGGAAGCAUCCCCAUCACAGUGCGGCACAUUGAGUCCAUGAUCCGAAUGGCGGAGGCACAUGCGCGCAUGCACCUGCGGGAUUAUGUGGUGGAAGACGAUGUCAACAUGGCCAUCAGGGUUAUGCUUGAGAGUUUCAUUGACACGCAGAAGUUUAGUGUCAUGAGAAGCAUGAGGAAGACUUUUGCCCGAUACCUCGCCUUCAGGCGAGAUAACAAUGAACUCUUGCUGUUCAUUUUGAAGCAGCUGGUAUCGGAACAAGUGAUGUAUCAGAGGAAUCGUUACGGGGCUCAGCAGGAUUCCAUUGAAGUGCCAGAGAAAGACUUGGCUGAUAAGGCUCGCCAGAUCAACAUCCACAACCUUUCUGCCUUCUACGACAGCGAAUUGUUCAAGAUGAACAGAUUCAGCCGUGAUGUGAAGCGGAAACUGAUUGUGCAGGCAUUCUGAGAGCAAUGAAUUCCUAAGUGACUGCAGAGGAAAAGAAUUAGGGGCUUUGCUUUAUCUUGCCAUGCAGCAACACACAAACAAUUUUCUUUUCCUCCAGGUAUCACAGGAAGAGAUCUGGAAGCUCUCCUGAAGGACUUCUGAAUAGAACAGAAUAGGGCCGAGGAGUUAACAUCCCCAACUCCCAAAACUCCUCUAUGUGUUUAAUUGUAGUUGAGCUUGUUGAAUGGAAAUUCACAAAGAGGUGGUUUCCUGCUGGCCCAGUCUUAAAAUCUGACUUGGGGGGGGGGGGGGGUAGAGCAAUCAGAGCAAGGAAAUCUGUUCCAAGAAUUGUUCAAUGGAACCAUUAAAUUGUCUGGAAAUUGUGCCCUUUUUUUACUGGGCAUCACCAGGGGUCAUUUGAAUACAUGAGGAAGAAGUACGUUUGAGUUGAACUUCCUUUGUCUCUUUUACUUCCAUGCAUUUUUCCCUGUGAGGGAAAUAUCUUCGGUGUCUCUAGAUAUGAACUUAACAUACAGAUCACCCACAGGGAAAUGGGACGUGGAGUCAGAAACAAUUUUCACGCUUGUGUUAAAAGCAGCUGAAGCUUCUCGUAAGUCAUUUCACAGGUUCAUAUGCCACAAUGCAGUUUGUAUGCUUGCCUAUGGAAAACUGAAAUGGUCCCUUUAGGGGCCUUCUUCCUUCCCUUCACCACAAUAUGUAUCAUACUAAAAAAAUUCCGAACACACAGGCUGUUACGUGUCUGCCCAGGAGGAUGUAGAUUUGGAGAAGUUUUAAUAUGGAAGAAAUAAAGGUUGAGGAACAGCUUUUUGCAACGAUAGCAAAAA